CGCGCCGCAGCCAUGAGCCACUCCAGCGGCAUGCGAGCCACCUCGUACCGCCGCACCUUCGGGCCGCCCCCCAUGCUGUCCCCGGUGUCGUAUUCCUCGUCCCGCUUCGCCUCCUCGUCCUCGGCCACGCGGCUGCUGAGCACGCCUUCGCCCGGGGCCUCCUUGCGCUCCUACCGCAGCGGCGGCGGCGUCCUGCGCUCCAGCACCCCGGCGCCGCCGCGGAUCGUCUACAGCAGCGAGAAGCUGGACUUCUCGGUGGCCGAGGCGCUGAACCAGGAGUUCCUGGCCACGCGGAGCAACGAGAAGCAGGAGCUGCAGGAGCUCAACGACCGCUUCGCCAGCUUCAUCGAGAAGGUGCGCUACUUGGAGACGCAGAACGCCGCCCUGCUGGCCGAGCUGGGCCAGGCCCGCUCCAAGGAGCCCGCCCGCGCCGCCGACCUCUUCCAGGACGAGCUCCGCGAGCUGCGCAGGCAGGUGGACGCGCUGGGCAAGGACCGCGACCGCCUCCAGGUCGACCGCGACAACAUGGCCGAGGACGUGGCCGCUCUCAAGCAGAGGCUGGACGAGGAGAUGCACAAACGCGAAGAAGCUGAAAAUAACCUGGUUCUGUUCCGCAAGGAUGUGGAUGAUGCCACCCUUUCCCGCCUGGAGCUGGAGCGCAAGAUUGAGUCCCUCAUGGAUGAGAUUGAAUUCCUCAAGAAGCUGCAUGAAGAGGAGCUGAAUGACAUGCAAGUGAGCAUGCACAGCCAGCAGCAGGUCCAAGUGGAGGUGGAGCAGGCCAAACCGGACCUGACAGCCGCUCUGCGAGAUAUCCGCACACAGUAUGAGAGCAUCGCCGUCAAGAAUCUGCAGGAGGCUGAAGAGUGGUACAAAUCCAAGUUUGCCGACCUGUCGGAUGCAGCUAAUCGGAACCACGAGGCACUUCGCCAGGCCAAGCACGAGAUGAAUGAAUCUCGGCGCCAAAUCCAGAGUCUCACUUGCGAGGUGGAUGGACUCAAGGGAACAAAUGAAGCCCUGCUGAGGCAGAUGCGGGAUCUGGAGGACCAAUAUGGGGCUGAGGUGAACUCCUACCAGGACACAGUGGCGCGGCUGGAACAGGAGAUCCAGCACAUGAAGGAAGAGAUGGCUCGGCACCUGCGGGAGUACCAGGACCUACUGAACGUCAAGAUGGCCCUCGACAUUGAGAUCGCCACCUACCGCAAGCUGCUAGAGGGAGAGGAAAGCAGGAUUUCGGUGCCUGUCCAAUCCAUGUCGACAUUCAGCAUCAAAACAGCAGUUUCAGAGCCUGAGCCGACUGUAGAAACUCAUACCAGGAAGACGGUUCUGAUCAAAACCAUUGAGACUCGAGAUGGAGAGGUGGUGACUGAGUCCAGGAAAGAGCAGAGAGCAGAGCUAGAAAAGUGAUGUCGACCACAGCAGACACCUACCCUUGCCACAGAGAUGGGCACUAAGUAGCCAAUGUGCAGAAGUCCCAGCAGCAAACCCCCCCUAUUCCUCACAAAGCCACACUGGCCUUACUUAUAAUGUUGCUAAUACCUCUUACCUUCAACAGCCUUUCCCACACUUCUAGAGCCAGCUCUCCUGUUACAUGUGCCUCUAGCCUUCCUAGGGGCAGCCUGGUUGUGAUUCCAGCAAUAACCACACAUGGGCUGGGAGUGGAGAUUUCUUCAUCUGCUCUCCCCUUCCACUGCCUCCUACCUCUUGCCACUCAGACUCUCAUCUUGCCCCAGAAGGCCCACUCCC